AUGAAUGAAGAUUUAACAAAAUUAAAGAGAGAAAUCAUACAACAACAACCAAUGGAUUAUAACGAAAUUUUAUUUUGGAAAGUUUUUAAAAAUAAUUUUUUAAAAAGACAAAUCUUUUAUUUAAUGUUGAAUAUGGAUAUUGAAUUUCAAAAUCAUUCAAAAUAUUUUACUGAAAAUAGAAUUAAAUUUGAGAAUGUUUACUCAUUUAAAUGGAUGAUAAAAAAUAAUUUAUUAGAUUUAAUAAAAUUUAAAUUGGAAAAAAACCAAUAUAUUGAUAUUAGAAAUAGUGAUAUCUGUAAUUUCAUUAAAUCUGUCAAAAUCCUCGGUGGACCUUCAAAAAUAACAAAUAAUCAUUUAAUUAUCUUUAAAUUAUUAAUUAAUCAAUACCAAAUUCUAUUUGAAAAUCAACAUGUUAGAUUAUUAGUAAGACUUGAUAAUCAUCAAUUUUUACAAAUACUAUUAUCAGAAUCAAUUAAAAAAUUUAAAAUCACUUCAAGUCAUAUUUCAUUUUCAAUUAAAAAAUGUUCAACAUUAACAUUAGAUUUAUUAAAUAAAUAUAUAAAUAAAGAUAAUAAUAAUAAUAAUAAUAAUAAUAAUAAUAAUAAUAAUAAUAAUAAUAAUAAUAAUAAUAAUAAUAAUAAUAAUAAUAAUAAUAAUAAUAAUUAUAUUAAUAAUGAUAAAGAUAAAAUAAUAACAAAUUAUAUUAAAACCAACUCAAUAGAAUGGUGCUUACAAUAUAAUAAUAAUGAUAAAGAUAGUAUGAUAUCAUACAUUUUGGAAAAUAAAAUUUUUUUAUAUAAUCAAUAUGGGUUUCAUAAUUAUUAUAAAUAUGAUUUAGAAAUUUUUGUAGUAAAUAAUGAUAAAGCGUACAAUUUAAAUCAAUGUAUCCCAACAACAACAGCAACUGAAGAAGUUACAACAAUGGUAAAAGAAUUGGAAAUUAAUUCAAAAAUUAGUGAUUAUGAAAAAAUAAAACAAUUUAUUAAAUCAAUUGUUAAAAAGGAAAAUUCAAUGAAAUUAUAUAGUUUUUAUUAUUUUAAAUAUUAUGAAUUAAUUGAAAAGGAUGAUGAUUUUAAAGGUUUUAAUGAUAGUGGAUUCUUAAGAUUAAAUACAGUUGGAAUAUUAAAUAAAAUUGAUAAUUUAAUUAUUGAUUUAAAAAAUAAUAAAAUUAAUACCAAUGAUAUUAUUAAUUUUAUUAUUAAAUUUUUAAAUGAAAUUAAAUGGAAUAAUUGGAGAAAGAAUAAAGUUUUAUUAAAUAGAAUUAGAAUUUUAAUAUUUGAAAUUGUUAAUGAUAAUAAAGAACUAUAUGAAAAAUCAAUAACUAAAUUAAAACAAUCAUUAAACAUUCAAUUAUAUAAUUUAUUUGAAUUUCCUAAAGAAUGGAAUUCGAAUAUGAUUUCAUUAACAAUUGAACCAAUGAAAAGUAAUGACAUUUUAUUAAUGGAUAAAAAUAAUUAUUGGUUAAAUGCUAUUGAUCGUAUAAAUAAUAAUAAUAGUAAUAAAAGUAUUGCAACACCAUUUAUAAUAGAAUUAAAAAAGAAAUUAUGGAAAAAUUUAAUAGCAUUUGAUCAAGAUGAAAAAAUAAAUAAAAUAAACAAUAAAAACAAUGUUAAAAUUAAUAAUAAUAAUAAUAAAAAUAAUAAUUUUAAUUUAUAUGAACGUUUUCAAAAUGAAAAUAAUCAAAAAGAAAAUUUAAAAUUCAAAAGUACAAUUAUAAAUUUUAGUCAAUUUUUAGAUAUAUCAAAUCCAUUUCCCCUUGAAACUGAUAUAAAAGAAUCAUUUGAAACUAUCUUUGAAUCAAUUAAUGAAUUUGAUAUUACAAAAAUUAAAUCAGUAAUUAAUUCAAUCGAUAUCUUUUCACCACCAAUCUCAAGACAAUUCUCAAGAUCAUGGGAAGCAUUUAUAAAGAAAUUUUUUAAUAAUCAAUUUGAAUUAAUACAAGACGAUGAUCAACUUGAAAUUGUAAAGAAUUAUUUAAAAUUUUGGUUAACUUUAAAUCCAAAAAUCGUUAAAAAAACAUCAUCAUCAUCAUCAACAACAGCAACAACAACAACAGCAAUAUCAACAAAACCAAAAAGACCAACAAGACCACUACCAAAUUAUCAAUUUAUAAUUAAUUAUUUAUUUAAAAUUUUGAUUAAAUUUAAAGGUAUUUCAAUUUCAGAAUUAAUUGAAAUUAAAAAUCAAAUUAAAAAGAAAUCAAUUUUAUUGGAAAAUUCAGUUUAUCAUAUUGGAUUCUAUUUAAAUUUUAAAUCUUCAAAAUAUUUUGCAUAUUUUAAAAAUGAUUCACUUUUAGGAAAUAAAGCAAAUUUAAAUGAUUUAAAUAAAAUUUGUACAUUUGAAUUUAUAUUUGAAGAAGGUAGAUCAUUUGAUGAAAUAUUAGAAACAAUUAUAAUCAAUAGUACAUCAAUAACUGAUAAUACAAUCAACUACCUAAUUAAUAUAAAUAGAAUUAAAUUAUUUAGAAAAUAUUUCCCAAUUUAUUUAAAAAAUGACAGAUAUUUCAUUUUUAAUGAACUUUUACAAAUUGGUUUUACCCUUUUAAAAAAGUUAAUUAAUUAUAGUACAAAUUUAGAAUAUAUUCAAUCCAAUUUAAAUGAAUAUUUACAACAAAUUGAAUUAAAAGUAUUGGAUAAUAAAAUUGAUAUUAUAAUUUUUAAGAAAAUUUUAAGUAAUAUUUUAGGUUAUUCAAUAAUUUUAAAUAGAAAAGAUAUAGUUUCAUUCAUUAUAAAUCAAUAUAAUAUAAAGGAAAUUUCAAAUGAUUUUACUUAUUGGAAUAAUUAUCCAAUGAUUGAAUAUAUUUGUGAAAAUCAUCCAAAUGUUGAUAUUUCAAAACCUUUUCAAACUGCCUUUGAUAAUAGUUUACCAUUUCUUUCAAAAUCAAUACCAAUCUUUGAUAUCCUUAUAAAGUAUAAACCAUCUUUAUUCAUAAUUACACCUUAUAAUUUAAACAAUGCAAUUUCAUCCAAAGAUUAUUAUAUUUUAAAUUAUUAUUUUAAAAAAGGUUAUUUACAUAAAGAUGAAGAUGGUAAUUUUAAAUUAAUAAAAAAUUAA